AUGUGUUUGCAUGCAUGUCUGUAUGUGUGUGCAAUUUGGGUGAGGGGGGAGCACUUGCUACUCAAAGGGUGGCAAAUACCCACAGCACUUGGCAACAGUAGCAGCAGUAGCAAGAGGAUCUCUGAGAGGAAAGGAGGAGAAGCAAUGCUCUGAUGGGUACUAUGGAGUUUCAGAAAGACCCCAGUGCAGUAGCUCUAGAAAUGCUUCUUAUAGUCCAGCCUGAGAAGAGGAAGCCGGUGCAGAGGUUGCAGGUAGACAAACAGACGGAGAGCCAUGCAUCACGCCAAAGCCAAGGCUUUCGAGGGGAUGGCAAUGGAAACAACAAUCUAAAGCAAUACCAAGGAAAUGUCCUUCAUGGCCAUGCAGCUCAGAUGCAGCAAGCCAUUACUUCCUGCUCAGCUCAAGGAACUCAUGUGACAGUAGAGGUACAUGCCAGAAAUUCCACUCCACAAUUAUUCAAGAAACUCUCCUUUGGGAAAGGUUUUCAAGAGAAUGGAAAACACAAACCGCGUCCACCAGGUUUGAAAGACCAGCACGCUUAUCCAUGGGACAAGUCACGCUUGAAAUCCUUGCCUUUUGAUCUGAAGGACUUUGAGAAAUUGGAUGCAUAUGCAACAAAGGUGACCGCCAAGAGUAGUGUGGAGGAUCUGGUGAAAACCUUGCUUCGUGUAGCACGUACUGACCUGGAAAAAGUUAGGGCCAUUUGGACGUGGAUAUGCCACCAUAUAGAGUAUGACGUUGUGGGCUUCUAUAACAAAGACCAGCAGUCUUUCAAGCCCAGGGAUGUCCUUCAGAGCGGAAAGAGCAUUUGUGAGGGAUAUGCUGGUCUCUUUGAGCAAAUGUGCAGUAUUGCAGGAGUGCAAUGCAUGAAUUUAUCGGGCUAUUCUAAAGGCCAUGGCUACAGGACUGGGCAGACUUUUACAGGAGAGUAUGACCAUGCCUGGAAUGCUGUUUACCUUGAUGGAAGGUGGCAUUUGGUGGACAGCACCUGGGGGAGUGGCUCCAUUGAUGAAUGCUUCAGCAAAUUUACCUUCAGAUACAACGAAUUUUAUUUCCUCACCCACCCUGCCCUAUUUAUUAAUAAUCAUUUCCCAGACAACAGCAACUGGCAGCUACUCAAACCAACUGUGACACUGAAACAGUUCGAGAGCAACAUGUUAUACAAGAGUGACUUUUACAAGAUGGGAUUGCUGACAGCUCUCCCAGAAACACCAGUUAUUCAAACAGUAAAAGGGAAAGUAGUAGUAGCGGUGGAGAGCCAUUCGUCGAUGCUGUUCAUGUUUGAAUUGCAAGGGACAAAGGAGUAUAGCUUGAUGACGCUGAAGAGGAAUGGAAUGAAUCUAGAGCUCUAUCCGCAGAAGACAGGGAGCCAUAAGCUACAGAUCUAUGCCAAGCCAUCCAAAGGCUCAGACGAAGUCUACAGCUGUGUGCUAGAAUACACCUUAGAAUGCAGCUCUGUAGAGAAGAAUGUGUCCUUUCCAAAGGAACUCCAUCAACCUGUUGGGCCCAGCUGGUUCUCAGAGAGACAAGGAUUCCUCAAGCCCUCACAAAAGGGCCCAGUCAUUCAUACCAAUGAUGGGCGCUGUGAUCUCAGCUUCAUCCUCAGUAAAGACUUGAGUGUUUUAGCUUCACUGCAUUCAGACAACAUUGGCCUCAGUGAGGACACAGCAAGACGGCAUAUCUUGCAAGUUUGUGAAGGAAACCGGGUAGACUUUAAGAUUCAUCUUCCGCAUGCAGGGAAUUUUGCUUUCAAAAUUUUUGCCAAAAAGAAGUCUGAUCCUGGAAAUUAUAACUAUGUCUUCAACUACCUCAUCUGUUGUCCAAACACCAAGGUGAAGUGGCCAGUUUUCCCCCAAAAUUAUAGCAAGUGGGUGGAGGGCUAUGAACUAGUGGAGCCGCUAGCUGGAUUGCUGCCAGCUGACCGCAACAUUAAGUUUAAACUUAAGCUUCAUAGCAUUGCCAAGGCAUUUGUUCAAUGUGAAAAAACCUGCCCCUUAUCUAUAGGUAAGGAUGGCUACUGGGAGGGAUCUUGCAGCACUUCAGGCUGCACAGAGGUUUAUGUGAUGGUGCUGGAAAAUGCUAAUCAUAAAUUCUACUCACACAUCUUGAAAUAUGAAGUAGAGCCACAGUAAGAGGCCACUCCUACUCUUCUUAUCUGCCCACAUGAGCAACAUUUGAUGUAUGUCACAGUUCAUACCACUCUGAACUACUGUAAUUCAUGCUUUCGCCAUAAAACUAGGGGGCCAAGCUCACCCCUCCAAAGCAGCAGCAAAACAAUAUAACUUGAUCAAAACUCCCUGAUUGGUUAUAUAAUGAGUGACACAUGUAGCAAAUGUCACUUUCUUACCCAUGAAAAAAUCAAACAAGACUUUCCAUAUACAUUAUUUCAAUUAUAUAUUAAUGUACUAGGUCCAUAGCAUACAAAUAAAGAGGCAAUUAUGUACAUCUUCCCACCAACCCAGAUUACAUUUUGGGAUACAACUGCUGCUUUCCGAAUGGCUUACUUUCAACAAAAAUGUUAUUAACAACAAAAGGGCAUUCUACAACUGUGGGCCAGGAAAAGAGGACCACACACUUUUGAGCAUCAAUGUGAGUGUGGCUGCAGAAUUCAAUCAAAUGCUGCAAGAUAAUAAUUUAAGUGGAAGCUUCUUGUGUGCACUUCAUUGUCUUACAAAUAUAAAUGAUACUGCGAAACAUGUUUUUACACCAGAUCUUAAUUGCAAUUAAAUACUAGU